CCGGACACCCACUCAGGCUGAGAGUGGACAGGAGCUCCAGCGUGGUCUCCUCCCUCCCAGAGAGAGAGAGAGAGAAGAUUGACACCGCGGUUCCAGCUCAGACUCGCGGACAGAACACGGAGACACAGACGGGAUUACAGUCAGCGCGGGACAAGAAAAGAUUAACGGAGUGAAAGGAAGAGAGUGUGGGAGACUGGAAGAAGAAUGAGUUCAAGGUGACAGAAGUUGGGGACGCAAAACUGGAGGGAGAAACUUUGAAGCUGUCCAAACAGCCACCCAUGCUUGAGCGUUCCACUGCAGAAGAGAGUCAGGCCUGGACUCAGUGGUGCCAUGGGAACACGCAGGUCCAACAGGUACAGCAUCGUGUCGGACACCUUACCAGAGGAGGAACGCCAGAAGAUCGCUGAGCUUUCUCUCCACAACGGCCGCUCCUCGCCCACUUUCCCUCUUCACUUGCGCUGCGACGCAGAAGAAGACGACAGCAGGCGGAGAUCAGGGGCCACCUCUUGUUGCGUGAGGAGACAAGGAGGGAUGAACAACUACAAUGGGAAGGUUCUGAAGCAGAGCUCCCACCAGGCGCGGAGUCGGUUCGUGAAGAAAAACGGACAGUGCAAUGUGGUUUUCACAAACAUGGAGGAGAAGAGGCAGCGCUAUCUGGCAGAUAUUUUCACCACCUGUGUGGACAUCCGCUGGAGAUACCUGAUGCUGAUCUUCUGCACCAGCUUCCUUGUUUCCUGGCUUCUGUUUGGGAUCAUCUUUUAUGGCAUUUCUCUCGCACACGGCGACUUUGGAGAAGACAUGCUGAAGGCCGGGGGAUUGACAGCAGCGGGACUUCACGGACACGCGAGACAACAACGGCUGCCCUGCAUACUUCACGUGCAGGGAUUUGUGGGGGCGCUCCUGUUCUCCAUGGAGACCCAGACCACCAUUGGCUACGGCUGGAGGUGCGUGACCGAGGAGUGUCCGGCGGCCGUGAUCACCGUGGUGGUCCAGUCCAUCGUGGGCUGCAUCAUCGACUCGUUCAUGAUUGGCACGAUCAUGGCAAAGAUGGCGCGGCCCAAGAAGAGGAACCAGACUUUGGUGUUUUCCAAAAACGCCGUGAUCACGCUCAGAGAUGGGAAACUCUGUCUCAUGUGGAGAGUGGGCAACCUGCGGCGGAGCCACAUCGUGGAAGCUCACGUCAGAGCCCAGCUGAUUCGCUCCUACGUCACGGCUGAAGGAGAGUUCAUCCCUCUGGAGCAGAUGGACCUCAACGUGGGCUACGACGAGGGGACAGACCGGCUCUUCCUCGUGUCCCCGCUGGUCAUCAUCCACGAGAUCGACAAGGACAGCCCUCUGUACGAGCUGAGCAAAGCCCAGCUGGAGACGGACGACUUUGAAAUUGUUGUGAUCCUGGAGGGGAUGGUGGAGGCCACGGCCAUGACCACCCAGUUCCGGAGCUCCUAUCUUGCAAGAGAGAUAUUCUGGGGCCACAGGUUCGAGUCUGUGAUCUACGAGGAUAAAAACUGCUACAAGGUGGAUUACAGCCGCUUCGACAAGACCUAUGAGGUGCCGUCCACGCCGAGCGUCAGCGCCAAGGACUUGGACCAAGUGUCCGGCCAGGACUGUUUUGCAGCUUCUCCAGCGAUGCGGUCCACGAAGAGCACGGUCCCUCGGUCACUCAGUGACUUCUGCUACGAGAAUGAGGUCGCGCUGAACUGUGGAGAGGAAGAAGAAGAGGACGACAUUUUCACCUCCUCUCAGUUUGUGGGACCAGAGAAGGCAGAUCAGAGAACCACGUCGGUUUCUGUGGACUUGUUUCAGGAUGCUGCGGCCGUGAUGCCAGACAGUCACAAGGUCAUGUGUGUCCUGGACAUGGACAACAACCAGAUGGAGUUGGACAUCCUGCAGUCCGCCAUUCCUCUAGAUCCAGUGACCUAUAAAGCCGAGCAGGAGAUCUAGAUGAUCCCAAAGCCAGAUUCCUGAUCACAGGAUCUGGAAGGCUGCGGAGUCUCCUUCCAUUGCACAAAGCCCUUUUGCCUUGUUCUGCCGUGAGCAACCGAGUAGGAGUCCAGUCGGGUCCAGUGCUACUCGCUUCAUGAACAGCAUUGUGGGAUGAUCUGAAGACCAGAAGUGGAAGACUGCCUGGACAAUCUUGGGAGUCAUCGCCCAAGCUAACCCACUAACACUUCCAAGUAUACUGAAGCUGCAUGUACCAAGAGAAGAACGAGUCCAUGUCAGACCGUCCUGACACCCGAUGAGUUAUGAUGUGUUUUGGAGUGUUGUGGGAUCAUUAGCAACAGUUCUUUCCAGAGGCUUCCCUCGGUUCUCUGAUCUUCCAAAAGAGAUGAUGAGGUGUUAAAGUCCUUGUAGUGUGUUGGCUACAAGGGCACAUUGGGACUGGAAUUCAGGAAGGUGAGCUUCCGCUAACGUUAGAGGGGAAGUUAGCUGUCGGCUGUGCUAGAGACGAGCGCUGGAUAGGUAUGUUGGUAGCGCUUGCAUUCAGGCUCUAUCAGGGCUUGAAAGCCCGGCUGGUAUCUCCGUCUCAGUGAGAGAGGUGAAGGGCAGGAGACAGGUACAGCAGGCCUCGCUUUGGGCUGCAGUGCAGUUGGAGUUUGAUCUACUCCAGGCUGAGAUUCAGGACGUGAAUGUAGGUAGGGUUACAGAUAGUGAUCUUGGCCAUAGGUCAUGCUAGAGAUGCCAUGAAACCAGGCUGGAUGUGGACUCAGACUGAGCCUGCUGAUGCAUUAGGUCUUGAUUUGGAGCCGGACCCUGGUCUGUAGAGGUUCUUGGUGAGUUCAGGGUCAGAGUGCCACAGGGCUGACAGGAGGAGAACAGAGUUUCUGGAGUUGAGCGAAAGAAAGCAGCGGCUUUGUAAAUAGAAGUCCGUACCGGAGGUGCAACUCAGCUGGAGCUCACAGUUGGAUCAUGAUGUGAGGUUUCAUCAAAGGACAGACUGCGCCAUCUAGUGGGCUCAGAAAAUAAGGACACUGCUUCAUCACUAGAGCGGAGUCUCGGAACAAGGCUCGGUCAGUAACUUAAAGUGACAGAUGUGAGGGUCCAAUUGGCAAGAUCAUCUCCUACAUCCUCCUACAGCCAGAAAUCUCAGCAUCCCUUCUGACCCUUCACUUUUGAUCCUCACGUUAAAAAAGAGUCCCUAAGGCUAAAAAUGAUCUCUAGAAUCGAUGGAGACUUUGGAGAACAUAUUCAUGCGCUCAUAUUCUCAAUAGGAAGUCUCUCUCUCACGCCCCCUGCUGGUUCAGAACUCAGACGCGAAGCUUCCGUCAGAUCAACCUAGUGUUAGCUUCUGUGCACUGGCUCCCUGUCCACCUUAGGAUCAACGAGAAUUUAUCUAACAUCCUCCAAACGUUGGCUUAGUUCGACUUGACGAAGAGUUUAGCCGCCCCUUUGUGAUCAAGAGUCGCUGCUCUGCCUAUAAAGCACUUUGUGAACAGUGUUCUAAAGAGUGCAAUAUAUAUAAAGCUAUAUGAUCACCAUUAUUAUGAUGAUAUAUUUGCACUCAGUUAUUGAACUCAUUGGUUUUGAUUGACCGAUACUGGAAGUUCAGGAUGUUCCUCAACACACCAGAGGAAUUUGUUUAAGAGAACGUCCCAAAUUUCCGCUGUCAUUUGAGAGGUUGGGGCACCGUCAGUGAGCAGAAAGAGACACGGAAAAAACACAGACCUCUCCAGUUGUGCUGGAUCUGAGGAGAGAAUCUGCUGGGAAUGAAAAAAAGGAAGGUGGGUGCUGCAGCAGAAAAGUGCAAUAAAUAUGUUAAAUGAAAGUGAUUUUUUUGAAUGUCAUAUAUUUUUAAUAUUAUCAAACUAUGAAUACAUGAAAAAAAAAAUCAAGGCCAUCAUUACUGAUCUACAGACACCACUUUGUCUUCCUCGUGAAUUUAAUAUUCAAGCGUGGAGCAGUUGUAAUGGAUUGCAGUUGCUGUAUUUCAACACUGGAGGGCUCUCCAGUCUUUCCCCGGCGAUUCACAGCAACAUCUAGUGGUGGACUGCGGAACGACUCGACGCAUUU